GGAAGAGCUUGCUGGUAGAUAUGUCUGGUCGCGGGAAAGGCGGGAAGGGUCUGGGCAAAGGAGGCGCCAAGAGGCACCGGAAGGUCCUUCGGGACAACAUCCAGGGCAUCACCAAGCCCGCCAUUCGCCGCCUGGCUCGUCGCGGGGGAGUCAAGCGCAUUUCGGGGCUCAUCUAUGAGGAAACCCGGGGCGUCCUGAAGGUCUUCCUGGAGAACGUCAUCCGCGAUGCCGUGACUUACACCGAGCACGCCAAGAGGAAGACUGUCACCGCCAUGGACGUUGUCUACGCCCUGAAGCGACAAGGCCGCACUCUGUACGGCUUUGGAGGCUCUGCCAUUGGGGAAAUCAGCCCUUUUGUGACAGAGUGGGUGGCUCUGAAAAGAGCCUUUGGGGCUUUGCUGGCUUCGGAGGAAGGAAAGCAGAGUGUUUUACUUGGCCUUGGCCUUGUGGCUCUCGGUCUUCUUGGGGAGGAGCACGGCCUGGAUGUUGGGCAGGACGCCUCCCUGGGCGAUGGUGACUCUGCCCAGCAGCUUGUUGAGCUCCUCGUCGUUGCGGAUGGCCAGCUGCAAGUGGCGAGGGAUGAUGCGGGUCUUCUUGUUGUCCCGGGCCGCGUUUCCCGCCAAUUCCAGGAUCUCAGCCGUCAGGUACUCCAGCACGGCCGCCAUGUAGACCGGCGCCCCGGCCCCGACCCGCUCGGCGUAGUUGCCCUUCCGGAGGAGACGGUGCACGCGGCCCACGGGGAACUGCAGCCCGGCUCGGGAAGAUCGGGUCUUGGCCUUGGCUCUAGCUUUGCCUCCUUGCUUGCCGCGUCCAGACAUGAUGCCUUUGAAGAGAAGCUUAAACAACAAAGAGCUCUUGUACACUUCGGAAGGAUGUCUGGUCGCGGAAAGGGCGGUAAAGGCUUGGGCAAAGGAGGUGCGAAGAGGCACAGGAAGGUCCUUCGGGACAACAUCCAGGGCAUCACCAAGCCCGCCAUUCGCCGCCUGGCUCGUCGUGGAGGCGUCAAGCGUAUUUCGGGGCUCAUCUAUGAGGAAACCCGGGGCGUCCUGAAGGUCUUCCUGGAGAAUGUCAUCCGCGAUGCCGUGACUUACACCGAGCACGCCAAGAGGAAGACUGUCACCGCCAUGGAUGUGGUCUACGCCCUGAAGCGACAAGGCCGCACUCUUUACGGCUUUGGAGGCUAAUUUUCCAAUCCUAAUCUCUUAACA